AUGGGAGACGCCGGCAGCGAGCGCAGCAAGGCGCCCAGCCUGCCGCCCCGGUGCCCUUGCGGAUUCUGGGGGUCCAGCAAGACUAUGAAUCUCUGUUCCAAAUGCUUUGCUGAAAAAAGAAAUCCACACAAUGAAAAAGAUUUCCAAAAGAAGCAGCCAGAUGAUGACUCCACUCCCAGCACAAGCAACAGCCAAUCAGAUUUGUUCUCUGAAGAAACAAACAGUGACAACAGCAAUACCUCUCUAACUACGCAGACUGUUAACUCCAACCAGCAACUUUCGACAGAACUGAAUGUAACUUCGCUGAGUAAAGAGGAAUGUGGGCCAUGCACAGGUACACCUCAUGUCUCGUUAACUACACCAACCAAAAGAUCCUGUGACUCUGUCAUAAAAGAUCAAGAUGUUUCUGUCCCAUUUAGAUGUGAGGAUGCUUCUAAACAAGAAAAUUCACAGUCAGAGAGCGAGGCUUCUCCUGUGAAACGGCCACGGCUACUGGAGGACAGUAAUGACAGGCCUGAGGAAACCAGUCGAUCCAAACAGAAGAGCAGACGCAGGUGCUUCCAGUGCCAAACAAAACUGGAGCUAGUACAGCAGGAACUGGGAUCAUGUCGCUGUGGUUAUGUGUUCUGUAUGUUGCAUCGCCUGCCUGAACAACAUGACUGCACAUUUGACCACAUGGGACGUGGGCGUGAGGAAGCCAUUAUGAAAAUGGUGAAACUGGACCGGAAAGUAGGGAGAUCAUGCCAGCGCAUCGGCGAAGGGUGUUCCUGAGUGCGAGACUCUGCAACCAAAUGCUGUUCUUAGUUCACUAAUGUUAGCCUUAUUUAGGACAAAGUCAGCCAGACACCUUGUACUGGGCAAGUUUCAGACUACAGCCAAUCAGUUUCCUUUCUUUAGCCAACCGUCCUGGUACUGUAGUUUAGGGGUUGAUGGUGGUUGAAAUUGAUUUCUGGCUGGUUACAAAGGUGCCUGCUAGCCAAUGUAUAAAAUUAAAACAUGAAAAAAUAUUUUUUCGAGCAUGGCUAGUGGAUUUGAAACACAACAAAACAAAAAAUCCAAAGGCUUCUAUUAUUGCUGGAGUCAAACUCUAAAAGCCUUACGCUGGAAACCUUCCAGCUGCAGAGUUAAAAUAAAUAGCUGAGUAGAAGCUGGUGUAAAAGUUUGCUAUGCACACGGCUUUCAGACAAACUGUGUUUAAUGUGCAGCCUUUCACCUCUUCACUUCUAGUUAAUCCUGAAGAGAUGAAACUCCACUAAGAGCAGCCGUGGUAGCUGCUAAGCCCGGAAGACCUGACUGGUCAUCCGUGCCUUCAUCACGCGUGGCUUUUGAGGUUAGGCAAUGUCACCAGCAUCAGGGAUUCUGUUGGGGAGGGAACAUCUUUCUGGUUCUUCCCAGGAAGCCAAAAAGAGGGGGACAGAGAUUCUUAUGAAAAAAUUUUAUAUCUAACUUGCUGCAGAGAUCCUGUUUUUCUUCAUUUAAAUUAUGGUGAUCUCAUUUUAAAGCUGGUUACAUCCUAGAGCAGUAACAGUGUGUGUUCUCUACAUGGCAUCCAUAGAAUUUCUAAGCGUUGUCUGACCAGAUUCCACGGUUGUUAUGUAUGCUGACGUUCCCACCGGCCGAAACCUGAUUGGCUCUUGUUUGCCUUUUGCUAAGUGCAGGUAUCUGAUAAUUGAUCAAAUAAGGCUAAUUCACAGCACAGUAGCCAAGGCUGGAUUCUACAGACUGACUUUCUGUAGCUAGACAUAUAUAUUGGGGGGGGGGGAAAGGACAUAUUGUAGCAAACAGAAUUCAGUAACAGUAUUGGGGAACAACCAGGAAAGCAUCCCUCAUCAGCUUGAGUUUUAACAAGAUAAUCAAAUGGGCUAUGUCAGCCUUGUUUCUAUGCAGCUCGAUGCUCUCAUGAAAAUCUCUGCCCGCAAAUAUUGCAAAGCAAGUGAAUGUGAAAUGCAUUACAUGGAAAACUUUGGAUCUGUUGUUUAGACUUAUGCGCUCUUUCACACUGAGCCACAUAGAGCUGAACUGCACAGAUCUUGUUAGUUUGUAGCGGAAAAAGAAAAAAAUCAGCAUGUCUCCUGCUGCAGACAAAGUUUAUGCAGGUCAAGAGGAUUCAUGCUGAUUUGUCUCAGUAGUCCUAUGUGGAUAUGGUUCCCUGACCCAAGUUAGUAAAGCAUUAACAAUCAGGUAGUUUAGUAGAAAAACUGGGGGGUGGGAGGGAGGAUUUUGUAUAGUUUUGAAAAAUUGGGCUAAUGUAAAACUUCCAAGGGGUGAAGUAGCAUAUUGUCACUCCAAAAAAAGUGUGUGGGGAAAGAGAGCUUAAAUAAGUCCUCCUCUUUUCUGCAUGUGUUAAAGGUAAAUAAUUUCAUACAGGCUAAAUUAAUUUUUAGUUUGGUAGCCAGAUCAAACCAUUUAAUGAGACAUUUUUUGAAAAAUACACUCAGCAUCAGACUGUAUUAGUGUGAUUUAACCACGAAAUAAAUCAGAAAUGUUCCAUCAUUUAUAAAAUGCAAGCUAUGUAAACAAAACUAUUUUUUUUUUUUUUUUUUUUUUACUAUUCAAGAUUAUGGAAUCAGUAACAAAAUUUCCACUGUAUUUUCAGGAAAUGGUCCCACUGCAUCCUGGUGACAGGGCAAUCUGAGGAUAUUCUUAACAUUUACCAUGAAGAGUUUAAAAAUCAUGGAUUUCAGCUGUUGCUGAGAUACGCACUUUCUUUUCCUCUAAAAUCCUAGCAUAGUCUUUGGUGGACAUUCUGAUUGAUAUACAAUACUCAUCCGCAUUAAUACUGAUGAUGCUAUUUAGCCCUCCUACUCCUUUAACCCUGUUAUAAAUACACAGUUGGUUUCAAGGUGGCUCUUAAGAGAACACUACUCAAAGUUCAUGUGGAUUAGGGGCAAUAUUCACUUUAAAAAAAAAAAAGGUUGGGGGAGGGGUUGUUCCUUUGCAGUAUCUGUUCUGUGAAGUUUGUUAAACGUAAAGAAAGCUUAAGUUCUUGUAUCUUUAAAGAAAAUCUUAUUUAACCCUUUUGUGUUCUAGAUUUACUUACACAUGUAGCCUAGAGCUCAGUUUUAGUUUAACAUUGUGAAAAUAUUAAAAGAAUCUUGUAACUUUAUUCUUUUUCCUCCUGCUAAAAAAAAAAAUUAAACCAAUCAGACUAAAGUUUGAAUUCCUCUCUGACUAUUCCAGCAGGUCAUGUUGAGCUGCACUGUUUCUGCUGUUUAUGAAAUGUGAAUGGGGGAAAAAAACCUCAGCACUGGGCCAGUGAUUUCAAAUUGUGUUUAAAGUUGGUGGGCAGUAUUUUCUGCCCGUCAUUGGCGCUAGCACUUCUGCAGAGUUCAAGUUUAGCAAUUUCUUUUGUAAGCAAAUCUAGUUUAACCUCACAAAACUUUUUCUCAAUAUUGAGGUUACAGUAGAUUUGUCACUUUUAUCAAACAAGUUUCUUUGCUCUUAAGUCCCAUGCAUAUGGUACUGCACUGUUACAGUGGUAUAAGAAGUAAAGAAUGUCCUCUAAAGUAAAUGUAUUUUGACUGAUUCUUUACCUGCAGUAGCUGUAUGCUGAAUGUAAAGUUCCAUAGUUAUGAGAUGUUCAUAAUUGGUAAUUAGGAGCUAAACUAUAUAGAUUGGAUCUUACAAUGCCUAAAACAUGGAACUAGUUGAAUAACAAUGGAAUGUAUUGAACAAGGAGACAAAGUCAAACUGGUACUAUUUAAAUUCAGUUUGGAAUUGAAAUUAUGCCUGAGUCAUGGGACAUGUACCCCUAUUUUUUUUCCUGAAAUGAACACUGUACU